UUGCUGCUGAUGUUUUAUGCGGCGCAGAAGAAGAAACCAGGACGUUUCAUAAAAUUACCUUCUGGAGCCUGCAAAGUGAGGAUUGGGACAUGUCUGCACUUUUUAAAGCAAGAAGGGCUCUGGGCCUGUGUUUCAGUGGCUGCCGGAGUCUGUCUCAGCUGGCAGAGCUCCCAGAGACCCAUCAGUUACUGAGGCAGACCUGCAGGGACUACGCUGACAGAGAACUGACCCCCAUCGCCUCCAGACUCGAUAAAGAUCAUGCUUACCCUGCCAAACAGGUAACGGCAGCGACGCAGGCGCAGCCUCAACCGUGGCCCGUCAGGAAGGAGACGAGUGGGUUCUGAACGGUACCAAAGCCUGGAUCACAAACAGCUGGGAAGCCUCUGCCGUCGUGGUGUUCGCCACCACAGACAAGAAACUAAAGCACAAGGGUAUCAGUGCGUUCCUCAUCCCCAUGCCACAUCCAGGACUGUCUCUGGGGAAAAAGGAGGACAAGUUGGGCAUCAGAGCCUCGUCAACCGCUAAUAUCAUACUGGAGGACUGCAGGAUCCCGCUGAACAACAUGCUGGGACCUCGUGGUGCCGGAUUCAAAAUCGCAAUGCAAACCCUGGACAGCGGACGGAUCGGCAUUGCGUCGCAGGCUCUCGGCAUCGCUCAGGCCUCUCUAGACUGUGCCGGCGACUACGCCCUCAAAAGGACAGCGUUUGGAGUGCCCAUUGGCAAGCUGCAGGCCAUACAGUUUAAGCUGGCAGACAUGGCGGUUGCAGUAGAGAGUGCUCGCCUGCUCACCUGGAAGGCCGCUUUUCUUCGAGAUUCACAGAAGCCCUUCACUAAGGAAGCAGCCAUGGCCAAACUGGCGGCGUCUGAAGCCGCCACUUUCUGCGCACAUCAGGCCAUCCAGAUUCUGGGUGGGAUGGGAUAUGUGACGGACAUGCCGGCUGAGAGGCACUACCGCGACGCCCGCAUCACGGAGAUCUACGAGGGAACAAGCGAGAUCCAGAGGCUGGUGAUCGCCGGCCAGAUACUGAAGGAGUAUCAGCAAU